AUGAUAGAGACCAAAAAACUUAAAUCUAUUGCUAAGGGAGGACAAUAUUAAAUUUAUAAGGCUCUCAGCAAAUUAGUAGUUGAAUAUGAGAACUUUCGGAAAAAGGAAAACUAACCAUAAUUCUUAACUCAUCUAAUGCUUAAGACCCGAUCAGAAAAUCUUAAUAAUUUGAAACCCUUAGAUGAUGGGAAAAGCAUUAAUUGUUUUUCUGUAAUUAUUAAAUAUAUGAACUAUAGUGGUUAUAUGAAUACAGAUCAACUUUAAAAAUGGAGUAACCAAGAAUCCCAUACGAUAUAUAUUUUGCUAGUUGGUCAAAGAUUUAUAGGAUUAAGAAUGUUGUUAAUAGAUUGAGAUUUAGGAAACUACUAUAAGUAUAAGAUAUUCAACCAAUUCCUUUGGAUGAUAAUAUUCCUAUAACUAUUUUUGGCCUUGGCAGAAUGGAUAGUUUAAGGAUCUAUCAAUCUGGCUGA